AGCCAAUCGCAGCGAGGAAAGUUGACCAAUCAGCGCGUAAGAAAAAAGAUAAACAGAUAAUAUCAAUGGCAACCUCUCAGUAAACUUGAAUGAAUGGCAACACAAGAACACACUUUACGCUAGCCGGUUGCCGAGACCCAAGGUAACAGGAGAAUUAAAGAUGGUUACCCUACAAGUACCUGCCGAGUAUGGGUACUGUGUUCUUGUAGCAGUUUUCUCCAUAUUUGUAUUAAUAUGGAAGAGCAUAAAGGUCGGAGGUGCUCGCAAGAAGUACAAGGUUUUCUACCCUACAAUGUACAGCAAGGACAAUGAUGUCUUUAACUGUUACCAGCGUGCCCAUCAGAACACGCUUGAGAACUACCCGCAGUUUCUUGUACUUCUUUUUUUCGGAGGUUUAUACAAUCCCAUUGUGUGUGCUGUUGGUGGCGCCAUAUGGUGUGUAGCACGCAUUGUUUAUGCCUUGGGAUAUUACACUGGAGAUCCCAAGAAACGCAUGAAUGGUGUAUUUGGCUACCUCGGUCUGAUAGCCAUGCUUUACUGCACUGUCCGUUUUGCUGCUGGGCUCCUUGGCUGGUUUUAAGUUUCCUUCAGGUUAUUAAAAGUUUGUUUCACAAACAAGACCACUUUCUGUUUCAUUAUAUCUCCCCAGGUAUAGAAAAGUUUUGCUGUGUUUAACGUUUCUGUUGCACAAAGUAUGAUUUAAUACAUUUUUGAUUUAAUGUAAUUGUUAAUGUUUAAUAAAUUGUUUGUUUUU